AUGGGUGUAACUUUUAUGAUAUAUCUUACCACAAAUCAAGAAUCAGGGAGUCAAACCCACAGAUACAGCUGGGCGGUUUAUAGUAAAUCGAUUCCGCUAUGGGAUAGUUCCUCUCAUGCUCUGGCAAAUUUUAAUACGCAUUUCCAAUUCAUUAUUGACAUAAACAAUGAUUAUACUGAUACCAAUGGAGAUGGACUUGCGCUCUUCUUGUCACCUUUCGAGUUGGAGGAACCAGAGUACGCUUAUGGCCGGUAUCUUGGCCUGUUUAAUGGCACAACUUAUAAUGGAUCAUUCUAUCAGAUGGUCGCUGUGGAGUUUGACACUUUCAACAAUGAAUGGGAUCCGGAUGACAAUCAUGUGGAGAUGGACGCCAAUGACGUUUUCUCAGAGUAUAAUAUUUCGCUCGGCCACCCCAGUGUAUCGGAUUGCUGCUCUUGA